AUGGCGAUACCCGAGCCUGGCCUUACUAAUCCUCCGCGUUUGCACGAGUUCAUGUACGAAUUGCGAAUCCUUGAUAAACCUCUCGUUAAGACUGUCCCUGUGGGAGACACGCUAUCAGAUAUAUAUCGAGAGGUUAAUCAUGCGGCUGGACGCAUCGAGGGGGCCGCCUUGCCUGCAAUACUAAACAAGAAGUCGAGACUGAAGCGUAAAACAACCUGGACGGUGGAUGAAGCUAGUUUCGUUGGGCGAGACGAGCUUAUUCUCGACGAAGGCGAAUACGACGAAGAGUUGUUCUUCAAAGAGGCGAUUUCGAUGGUCUACAGCAUUGUUAGGAUGGCGCACAGCAAUAUAUCCAGCUACCGAGACCUUGAUCCUCCUUGGGCAUCGUUCCAACAGCUGGUGGACAGCAAGUACCUACUGCCAGAUAUUCCUAUGAGCAUUCCAACUGCCCUUCGCCAACCUAACUGCUUCAAAUACCUCAAACACUGGUUCACGGUGACAAAGGGUCUCAGGUUCAAACAGUGGCAGCGGAAGAAUGGACUGCCCAUGGACCCCGUGCCUCUGGGAGAAAGAUGGUGGGCCAGCUCACUUCCUAGCUACAUGCGCUCGGAGGAGAUCUUACCGCCUGCUGCGCUUGCGGCAAUCCAAUACGUGCCCAAAGCGCCUCAUUCGGUAGGCAAGGAAGGCCCGAGAAUGGUAGUGUCCCCAUACGGAAGCCAAGGCGGUCGCAUUGUGCACGGUGACGCCGCUAGCGAACAGGAGGCGCUGGAGAUGCUGGACAUACCUUCGGUUCCCGAUCCUGAGGACUUGUUGCCAAUUGACCCUUCAGCGGAGCAUAUCAGUACACAUUCGACAGAGGACGACCAUGCGCCUUAUCUCGUCCCGGAAAACAGCGAGGCCCGCGGCCAGUGGAGCAUUUCUCAGCUGCAGAGCAACUGUUCCGGCUUGUCCCCGCGCGCCACACGGUCCUUGAGAUCUGCUAUACGGCAGUUGGUUGAGCUACCGAUGGUUCCUAACUGCUCAUACCCCCUCAAAGCCGUCCGAAAGCGCGUGGGUUUGCCCGACGACUUGCGAUGGACGAUGCGCUCUGCACAGCCGCCCGCUUCAGCUGACAUGGACGCAUGGCUCUCAUUCCUGCAGGGAUCACCGUGGAGGGUGACUCAGGCCGGCGUCGAAGCAUAUGCUGGAACCGAACUUGCCUGGAUAUUUGUACUGGGCUGGGUUUGUUACCUACGAGGCUACUCUUCUGCCGGCGGGACAGCGGUCGGCGACCUUGGCGUCGGAAGAUUCUCCGUGGGCUCCGCUACUUUCGUCGCGGUCUUCGACGAUUUCCUGAAGGACUUAUCGCAAUACGCCGACCAGUAUGAAUAUCCAGGAUGGGCGCCCUGCAGCAGAUAUGCCCUGGCGAAUUCGAGAACACAUUAUCUAGCCUAUCUUGUACGAAACGAAGAGCAAGAUGUCCUCUUACCUCUGUUACGCCUGGUAGCAAGAAUGGCAGGUCUAACUUUCAUCCUCUUCAGUUUUCGCACCACUAAACAUCACCAGGCGCCUGGCGAUAUUGAUCCUCCAUUCACCGUCGUCCACCAUGCCUCGGCAAAGAGUGCGCCAUCCUGGAUCACAGAGCGCUACGGUGUUCCAUCUUGGCAGUGGCAGCGCUGCGGGCUCCCCCCUUCGUCGCAUGCUCUGCCUGAUCUGGCUCAGACCCUGCUCGAAUGGCUACGGCGCCCCGAUCUUCUUGUGGACUGCGAAGCUGGGCGCGCGCGGUCGCGCGAGACGGGACUGGCGGUGUUUCUAAAGGCGGCCUUGCUAUUCGUCGACCUCGAAAAUAUGGAUGACGCAAAUUGGACCUACGCGGGAGCCGCUGCUUUGGAACAUUCUGCGCUACGCCCGCAUACCCGGCAGCUGAAGAACGCCCUCUCGGAAUGGGCGAACGAGGCCGCUAUUCGUUUAGAGGCCGCCCUGCCAGCCCGCGGCGAUAUCGACCUUCUAGGCGAGAUGGCCGCUGAGGCCAGCUCUCUCGACGACGUUGAUUUCGCCGGCGGGGAUGCGCGGAGCGAUGCGUCUGACCGCCUCGCCAGGAGACAGCCUGCGAGCGACUUCAUGCCCGCGGAUGUGGAUGCGACGUUUCUUGCCGUGGACUUAGAAGAUGUUCGUCUUCCUCACACCGUGGCGGAGUAUCGACAGGCGAUCGAUGAGGAGCCGAGAACAGCUGUGCAGGAGCUGACUCGGAAGGCUCUUCAAGGUUUAGCGGCGUUGGAAGACAGGAAGCGGGCGAAUCGUUCUCUCAAGGCCGGCAGGGUAAUUGGGGACGUCGCCGCGGUGAAGAAAGCAUCUCGGGCGCCAGCCGCCAAAGUCACCGCAGGUGCCUGGCAACCCAUGCCGCCCGAGGACCCUUCGCCUUCAUCGUCCGAUAACGAUGAGCCUCCGGCCAAAAGGCGCAAGACCUUGAUCGUCCGGAAGCCGAGGGCGUCGGAAGCUCGCAUUGCCUCGAAGGCCCCAAAGACAAAGCCUAGACGCAUUCCUCCGCGGCCCGACGUCGCGCAGCAUGGCGGGCGGGGAGCGCUGAAAUCUCGUCGCGGCCGUAAGAAGCGGAAGGUUAAGACGCCGGAGCCUCCGUCCACUUCGUCCGACAGUGCCGCGGAGUUGUCUCAGAAUGAGGGGCGAGACAGCACGAUCGCCGACGAUGCCGAAGAUACGGGCGAAGACAGCGAGCAAAUGCCCGCCCGAAUCAGCAUCCCGUGUCGCUCACGAUUCGAUCGCCUCAUCAUGCCGGUGACGUUCGAGGCCGAGGGUGCUAGCAGCAGCGGCAUGGAUAUGGACAGCGACGCGAUAGGAUCCGCGGCAUCAACUCACCCCGCCCUUGCGCGGCGCUUAGCCUUCGUCGAACCCAGGCGCCCCGUGGAUCUCGCUCGCGCAUCGCCGAACGGGCGUCCUGUUGAGGUUUCAUCCACCCCGGCGCUCUCUGGAGGCUAUGCUCAGAGCCUUGCGGAGGAUGAAGCAGUCGCGCGGGAGAAUAGCGAAGCCGGGGCGCUCAGACGAAGUGCCCGAAAUCGCAAGCGGCUUCCAUGA